CGUAGCCGGUGCGGCCAAUCGGCGUCCCGGAAGCCGCGAGUUGCGGCGUCUGAGCCAGUGAAUGACAGCAGCGCCGCCCGCCGGUCACAGUCGUGGCCCCGCGGGUGCCCCGAGCCUCCUGUCAGCGCGCCCCUCGGGAAGGCGAGCGGCGCGCCUGCGGCCCGAGGGCCUCCCCGCUCUCCCCGGCCCCUACCCCGCUGUCCCUCCGCUGCCGGCGCCAUGGGCAGCGAGCAGAGCGCGGAGGCCGAGAGCCGCCCCGGCGAUCUGAACGCCUCAGUGACCCCCUCUCCAGCUAAACAUCGGGCCAAGAUGGAUGACAUCGUGGUGGUAGCUCAGGGUUCUCAGGCCUCCAGGAAUGUCAGCAAUGAUCCUGAUGUCAUCAAGCUGCAAGAGAUUCCAACCUUCCAGCCCCUUUUAAAAGGGCUCUUGAGUGGACAGACAUCCCCAACAAAUGCCAAACUGGAGAAGCUGGACUCUCAGCAGGUGUUACAGCUCUGCCUACGGUACCAAGAUCACCUGCACCAGUGUGCAGAAGCGGUUGCUUUUGAUCAGAACGCUCUAGUCAAGCGAAUCAAAGAGAUGCAGUAUCAUUCGUGUGAAAUAGCCUAUAAACAAAGAACAUGGUACAGCCUGGGGCUGCAGAUUUGUUGGGAGACUGCUUGGUUAGCAAGCAUGGGUCACUGGGUUUCAUCCUCAGACCAUGUAAACUGAGAUGGUGGAUGUGUACAUGUGAUCCCAAUGCUCAGGAGGUUAAGACAGGAUCAGAAGUUCAAGGUCAUUCCCAGCUGCAUAGCAAGUUGGAAGCAAGCCUUGAUAUAUGAGACCCUAUCAGUAAAUAAAUAAAUUUAAAAACAUGGUACAUAUGUGUAGUGUCCAAUAACCAUAGUAGGUUCUUGGAGCCCUGAAACGAUUUAUUGACCAGGCGGAUGACAUGGCACAGUUUUGAGAGCACCGAGGAAUAAGCAAAUACGCAUUCCAAAAUUUUAUCAUAUGAGGGGAGUUCGAGAGCUUUAUCUAGGAGAAGUUGCUUGGAAGGAUGGCACCACUGGGUUUGUUCAACUGGCAUGGGCCCAUCAACUCCGCGAAGAGAAGAUGGGUUGUCUGUCACUACACAUUGUUUUCUAAUUAGUAAUAAAGACAGUUCGUUCUAGGAGAUUCUGAAGUAGUCAUGUUACAGUAUCGAGUUUCAACAUUUAGCAUUAUUUUUCAAGAAAGCUAUAAAUAUAUGCAUUUUUAUCUCAUGAGUAAAUGACUUGGUCAGUCAGACUUACAUCACAGUCACAAAAUGCCUGGCAUAAAUUUAUCUAGUUUCAGCACAUGGCCACGUGGUUCCAUGGUUUCUAGGUCAUGGUGAGGCACAGCGGCAUGGCAGGAAGCAUGCAGUGGAGCAGAAGGGUUCAGCUUGUGACAGCUGAGAGGCACAUAUCAAGGGGCCAAGGAUACAACAUCCUUCAGUGCAUGCCCCCAGUGACCUGCAUCCUACAGCUAGGCCCUCAUCUUCCUGUACAUGCCAUCAAGCUAUCAACCUACCAAGGAGUUAAUCCUGAUUAUAUCAGAGCCCUCAUGAUCCAGUUACCUCCCAGUGAUUAGAUCCAUAUGCUGAACCCCAGGUCUCAAAAUCGGAACAUUUUGAGGAGGACUUCAUGUCCACAUCAUAGCAGAUGCUAUUUAUCUGGUUCUAUUCAGUAUGAGCUUCCUCGCUGCUCAGCAUUGAUGUAGACACACACACACACACACACACACACACACACACACACACACACACACACAUAUAGACAGGGUCUCAUGCAGUACAGGUUGAUACAUAGCUUAGGGUAGUAACUAAACCUAUGGUCCUCCUGCUUUCACUUUCUAAGUGCUGAGGUCAUAGGUGUGCACCACCACCCCCAGUUUAUGCAGUGCUGGGAAUGGGACCUAGGGCCUGGGGCAUGCUAGGCAAGUACUCUACCAGAUUCACUAUAUUCCCAGCCCUGGCCUUUCAAAUAUUAUAGACUUUUCUAUUGUGUUAUGAUCCAUAUAGCUCUUAUCCCCAAACAUGAGUAUGCAUAGGUAUCACUUCAAUUUGUUCAUUUGAAUGAUGUGUUCUCCCCUCCCGCAUUAGGGUGUGGCCCAUGAAUCAUUGUUUUAAUAAGCUUGCCAAAUGAUACUUAGUGCUGCCCUUCAUUAGCUAGGAUGUGGGAAGCACUGGUAUAAAGGGCUUCUUUCCAAAACAAGUCCUAAAAAAUUCAUCUUAUGUAGGUUAAGCUUGCAUAUUCAUCAACACACCUUGGAAACUCAAAUCACAGACACUUAAAGUUCUGCAUACUAUUUAAAGUUCUUAGGAGUCUCACAGUAAAGAUAACCAGUACAUCCAAACUAAUUUCACCUCAAAACACUUGUCUUAAGUAACAUCUGUUAAUAUCCAUAAAAGUAAAGCUUCUUAUUAGCAUAUAUUCACUGUACAGAAUAAUCUCUUUCAUUAUGACAUUUUCAUAGACGUGUACCAUAUAAUUUGAUCAUAUUUACCUCUCAGUUACCCUUGUUUGUCCUUCUUCAUGCCUCUGCUGACCUUUUCAAGUAGUUUCCUUCUAUUUUCUGUUUUAAUGCAUUUUUCAAUAGUAUUUUUUAUUUAUUCUUUAAUUUCAGAGAUGUAUACAGUGUAUUUUGGAUUAUACCUAUUCCAUCUCCCCCUAACUUCUCUCAAUGCCCUCAGCAUACACAUCCCUUCUAACUUCAUCCUCUUUUUCUUUUUCUGACCCACUGAGUCAUAGUGAGUGCUGCCCAUGUAUGCAUGGGCAUCUGCUGGAGCAUGAACAACCCCUACCAGAGGCUACACUCCUGAAGAAAAGUGAUUUAUCCUCUCCCAAGAGCCAUCAACUGCCAAUAUCUCCUCAGCUAGAGAUGGGCUUUAUAUCUCCCCAUUCCAUGAUGGAAUGUUGACUGGCUUGUUCUUGUUUAGGCAACCAUAGCUAAUGUGAGUUCAUGAAUGCAAGGGCCCUGGCUCUUAGGAUCUUUCUGCCACCUCUUUUGUAUUAUUCCAUGAGCCUUGAAGUAGCAGGAAUGAUACCAGUGCCCAUUUAGAGCCAAGAACUCCACAGUCACUUACUGUC